GUUCAUUUCAAAGCUUUCUAUUACAAUCAAAAAGAACCAAUAGGAAAAAAUUAAAAUUGCAAGAUAAAGAAUUGCAAAAUUGUAAUUGCAGUUAGUGCCUUAUUUAUUGUAAGCAACAUUGCAAGCAUUUAGCUGAGUGGCGGCUAGCUCAAAUCGAAGCAAACAAAAGUGUUCAAACACAAACAUACACGUGCACAACUUAAAGUAUAAACAAGGACAAUGGCCAUGACAAUGGAUAUGGAAAUGUAUGAAGAAACUAUUUUGAAGAAUCUGGGGCAACUUAUACGAAUCCACACCAUCCGUUGCGAGCAGCAUAUUCCCAAGAGAAGUCAACCAUAUCACCUAAGACUUGAUCCUUUUUGUGCUUGGUUUCGCGAAAGUUCUGCAGAGAUUUACAGAAUGCUGGAAAAAUCAUUAUACAUAAAUUACUGCACGGUUAUAGUUCAUAUCGAUGCAGCAUGCGAUUGUUCGCCCCAAAUCUUGCAAACCGUUCAGAAAAAAAUUGCACUCAACGAACAUCUGCGCUAUAAAACCCUGUUGGUUGUCACCAGCAGCAAAAUGCUUAGAAUCGGCACCUAUGUUAUAGACAGAUUUUUGGAAAAAUUCGCCGAAAAUUAUGCCUUACCAGCGAGUGGUGUAAUAUAUCCCAAAAUAUGGACAAUCGCAAGAACCUAUGCAAUGUCAGCAUGCAGUAUUACGGAUGAGGAUGAUUACGAGCAGGUCAUUAUAGAAAACGGAAGAUGGGUAGCUAACCGAAAUGCAAAGAAACUUCAGCACUAUUUCACCUAUGUAAAUUCUCUAUCAAAUCCCAAGGCGACAGGAUUAACCAAAAACGAUGGCAUUCCUGUUGCCAAUCUUAAGAACUUCCUUCAAGGCAAUAUGGGUAACAUUAUUUUUCUGCAACUAUUCACCGCCACCAACGAUGGCAAACUUUAUAUGGUGGAAUUAGUGAAACGCCUACUUGCUAUGCCCAAUGUAUCCAUCAAUGAACUUCUACAAACCAAUGGCAACAUCAAUGGGCAAUUUGUUGUUUACUGCAACAGAAAUGCCGACUUCUACUUGCUCAGCAUCAAUCCGGCCUUGGCCAUCAUAAUCAAUGCCUAUUAUUUUACAAACAAAACCAGUAACAUAAUCCAAGAGGACCAAACACGCAAAGGCAGUGAGCAUAAUGUCUCUUCGCUCAUACGCGAAAUGAAGGUGGCACAAAUUCCCUAUAUACUGCUGCAAGACUUGAAUCGAGAACAGUUUAUGGAGUUGCAUGCGUACAUGAAAACAAAGGAUUUCCAUGGCCUAGAGAGGCUCUUCAUCUUUCUGAUGGCACAUGGCGGGUUAAAGCAUAACAUUAAAUUGAAGAAUUUCAAAUUUGAUUUAUUUGAGUAUUUACUGGAACCCAUUCAAACAAACGCCUCUCUGAGGAAUGUCAAAAAAUUUCUCCACAUUAUCGCCUGUCGAGGAGACCACAACUUAAAUGAGAUUUCCGCGGAACAAUUGCGACUAAUUAGGCCCACAGAACUGGAUCAGCCAUUGGAUGGAAAUCUGGCCAUCUUUUUUAGCGUCCCCUAUGGUUUCAGAUCAAAGAGGAGCACCAAAAAAACCAGCCAAUACAUAAGAGAACUUUGUAAAACCCUCAGAACCAACUCUCACGAGCGUACAAAAAAAUUUCAAGAACAACUUCAUGACAACCUGGGAAGCGUCAAAUAUUACAAGGUGUCAAAUAUUCGCAGUGAGCUUGUCACUGGCGAAAACAUCAUCCAGGAGAAGAUACUAACGGAACGCAUUAAAACUGCUGCUUAUGUAAGGUUCAUUGAAUCCAUUCUGGAAGAUUUUCCUCUGAAAUCGCACAACUCAUAUCGUGGACUGUAUUGCCUAGAAGAAUAUCUGGGAGAUAUGAGCAACACAAAAGGUGUUUCCUUUGCCACAAUUUAUCAUGAACCAAACUUAGAUGAAGAUGACGAAAUCGAUAGUGAUAACGGGAAAAAUAUUGAAGAAAUAAAUAAUGACCAAUGUAAUACUCUAGGUGAAAGUGAAGAUGACCCUUAAACUGUACAUCAACACUGGGAAGAAAGUGAACAUGAGUAAAAGAUAGCUGCAGAUAGAGAACAUUAAACUAAUUAUGGAAAAAAAAAAACCAAGGCAGAUCAAAACCAAGUCGAUGGCGAAAAGGUUAAUGAGGAAGUAACUUCAAGUUGCAGUCGAACUGUAGAUCUUGAAAAGUUAAUGAAGUAAUGAAUCAUUGAAGAUGGAAAGAAGGAAAUUCCACCACAAAGUGGAGUUCAGGAGAGCAACAAAGACGACAAUGAAACUGUGUGUCGACAAUGUCUCUGGCCAAAAGCAAAAGGGAGUAGACACCUCCGUAUCAGAGAACUGCAAGCGGUAUCAUUCUUUUGAUUUGCGUUAUACUCCAAAAAAAAAGUGGAUGUCAACACAUAACGCAAACUGAAAUCAACUAAGCAACAGCCCCCGGCACACUCUCAUGAGGCAUAUGAAUAAAAGUCAUGACACUCAUUUGCA